UAUCGUGGCUUAGUAUAGAGUUACAACGUUAUACGUUACGUUAGUUUUAGUUACUGUAUUGGACUUUGUGUUUUUCGAUUUAGUGUUACAAUUUUUGGAUUAAGUUUUGUGUGAGUGCCUGUGAAUAUGCCUGUUACAAUCAUGGCUAAGAACUAUGCACAUUGCCCACUCAAAAAGAGGCCCAUCGUGUUCGAUGAUAUACCAGACGAACCAGAAAAUCUGUCAACGAAACCUGAGGAUCUGAGCAGGAAUGGUCGUUUGGCAUCUGUAUCGCCUUCGUCAUCACCUGCACUGUCUCCAGCUUCACCUCAGUCUUCAAUGUCCAAUUCACCACCGUCUUCUCCACCUAUGUCUUCGCCAUCACCGACGCACUUCUUAUACCAACCACCUAUUAAAGUGGAACCUCGCAUAGAGUAUCCUAUCCCAAUAAGUCCAGAAUAUGCUCCUCAAACAUGGCAUCGAAGUGUUGCUCCAAUGUAUCAUCCAGCUUACCAUUACAUGCCUUAUCCAUACCAUCACGAAAACGUGUACAUGGGUCCUACAUCACCGUACAGAGAUAGUUCCUUAUCGCCACCACACCAUGUGCAACAACCUCUCCAACCUCUGGCAUUGAGACCAACAGUGUAUUCCUCCAUAGACCAGAAUUCCCUGAGCCCAAACAGUUCAACUACUUCUCCACCACCGCAAACGGUUUCAUCAGCUGAAGAUUUGUCGGAAAAGCGAAGACAAGGGAUCAGACACCAAUGCCCUGACUGCGGAAAAAGUUACUCAACAUUUUCCGGUUUAUCGAAACAUCGCCAGUUUCACUGUGCUGCCGGUGAAGGUCCAAAAAAAUCUUUCAGUUGUAAAUAUUGUGAGAAAGUGUACGUUUCGCUCGGCGCCCUGAAGAUGCACAUCAGAACCCAUACAUUGCCCUGCAAAUGCACCAUCUGCGGAAAAGCGUUUUCAAGGCCAUGGCUGCUGCAGGGUCACAUCCGCACCCACACAGGUGAAAAGCCAUUUUCUUGUACUUACUGUAACAGAGCGUUCGCUGAUAGGUCAAAUCUUAGGGCCCACCUUCAGACACACUCUGACGUGAAAAAAUAUUCUUGCACUAGCUGCAGCAAAACGUUUUCGAGAAUGUCUCUGCUCACGAAACAUACCGAGGGCGGAUGUACAGGGGGUUCUACGUUAAUGCACCCAGAAAAAAUGUACUAGUUCUUCGUAGUUAAGUUUUGUUACUAUUAUUUAUUUAUUAUUUUCUCGUAUACCCUUUGAUCUAUCGUUAGAACAUUCCGCUUACAUUUCGGUUCCUUUUUUGUAACAGUAUUUAUUAAUAAUAUUUUGAUAAAUAGUGCCUUUUGAAAAGACUGAAUAAAACUGAAAAUUAUGUACAAAUGAAUCCUACCACAAUUUGUAUAUAAAUGUACUUAGCUUUUAAGAAAAUUUAAUAUAUUUUUGUAAAUACUUUAUCAAAUUAGUGAAUGAUGUAAUGGAUAAAAACGGUGUUUUAGAAUUACAAUUCAGCUAAAAUAGUGUUUUUGUCUGAAAGUGAAUUCACUAUUAUUUUCUAGUCAAAUGAAGUGUUGUAACUUCUAUAACGUUAUAAUUAUGCCAUUGUAUAGUGCCUUAUUUAGU